AUGAAGCCCAAUCCUAUCGAGAAAAAAGCAACUUCAAGUUCCAUCUGGCAGGAAGAGCCAAGAUCUAUCGCCGAUCUCCCUGAAGUCCAACAAAGUUCUGUUCUCGAGUACCGUCGCCACUGGCAUCAAAUCCGCACUCGUUUUAGCCGCCAAAACCGGCUACUGGACUGGUAUAACUAUCGUCUGUCUUCCCCGCAACCUCAAGAGGUUAUACAGCACCUUGACGAGAUCUUUACCGACCAGUCCACCGUGUUUAAGCUGAAUGUGUCUUUUGGUUUCAUUCUACGCAACAAUGAGACUGGAGCACUGCAAUAUUAUUAUGCCUCCAGAAACAAUGAGCAAGUCUUUGAAGCGCCCUUUCAAAUUACCACGGCAGCAGAUCUUCCACAUGUCCGAGAUGCAUUGUUAAACCUUGACGUCUUGGAAUGGGUACGCCAGCGACGCCCUAACUCCAAAUGGGUCGUAGAACAGGUGACCAAUAUCACUUUCUUCGUCACCAAGCUACGAGGCCAUCCGAUAGGGAGAGGUCAAAGUCUGCCUCACUACAUCGUGGAAAAUCGUGGUAUUGAUGCCUUGGAUAGCAACCGUCGGACCGGUAAAAUCUACGGCGACAAUUUGUGCUUCUUCCGUGCCUUGGCUCUCCAUAACGGCUCCCACACUAAAAAUCUGGAGCGGGAUGCCAAGCAUUACUAUGAGAAAUAUCGAGAAUUUUUUCCUGAGAAAAAGAAAUUUUGUGGUGUAAAGCUGAAAGAACUGAUCGACCUGGAACACCUAUAUGAAGUCAACAUUUUCGUCUAUUCCCUCGAACCCACUAAACCCGAUGGAGAGGAGGGAGAAGAAGACAUAGAAAAAGAGGAAGAGGAUUUCGCUCCUGAGAUCGCUGCGCAGUUGACUCACCGCUCCCUUUGCCACUACCCAAGUACGCUGUACCUCAACCUGUACCAGAAUCACUUUUCCUAUAUUAAAGAUUUAAAGAAGUAUGCCAAAUCUUACUGCUGCUCGCGAUGUGGAAAAUUCUGGAAACAUGUAGGAAAACUACAUCGUCAUGAGCGAACCUGCGAGGCCAAAGUCCAUUACAUGUUUCCUGGUGGUGCAUACAAGACGCCACCCACCAUCUUUCAGCUGCUCGAAGAUGAAGGCUUCACCAUUGCACCACAUUUAAAGUACUUUCCAUACAGAGCCACCUUUGACUUCGAAUGCAUGUUUAAUCGUCAGACUGGCCUAAAUAAUACCGAAAAACUCACCUGGAACGCCAAGCAUAUCCCUCUAAGUGUCAGUGUCUGUUCCAACGUUCCAGACUACGACCAACCAAAGUGCUUUGUGUCAGAUGGGGAUUCUAAACAGCUCGUCAAAGAGAUGUUAGAACACCUCGUAAAAAUCAGUGAACGAAGUUAUGACCUGUUAAGAAAAGAGUUUAAUUUCCUUUUUGAAUCCAUUGACUAA